AUGAAGCCAUCGAUUUUCUCCUAUUCUGUCGUUCUCCUCCUCAUUGCCUAACCAACGGCGAUCUCUCACAACUACUCGGAUGCUCUCACGAAGUCAAUCCUAUUCUUUGAAGGUCAACGCUCUGGAUAUCUUCCUAGGGAGCAGAGGAUGACGUGGCGCCGUAACUCUGCACUCAACGACGGCAAGAACCUCAAUGCCGACUUUGUUGGCGGUUACUACGACGCCGGAGACAACAUUAAGUUUCAUUUUCCGAUGGCUUUUACAGCUACGAUGCUUGCGUGGAGCGCUGUUGACUUCGAAAGUUACAUGUCCACGGCAGAUCUCCGGGACAAUCUCGUCGCUCUCCGGUGGGGCACCGAUUAUCUCCUUAAGACUGUUUCGCAACUCCCUAAUCGCAUCUUCGUGCAAGUAGGUGAAGCAAACCCGGACCAUCAGUGUUGGGAGAGACCGGAGGAUAUGGACACACCACGAACCGCUUACGCUGUGGAAGCGCCGCACCCGGCCUCUGAUUUAGCCGGAGAAAUCACAGCUGCGUUUGCGGCCGGUUCGAUCGCAUUCAAAAAAUAUGAUCCUAGUUAUUCUAAACUAUUGCUCCAUAAUGCUUUAAAAGCUUUUAAUGUUAACGGAUAUGAGGAUGAGUUAUUAUGGGGAGCUGCAUGGCUGAGAAGAGCGACCGGUGAAGAUUCUUACAUUAAAUACUUAGCGGACAAUCGUCAAUCUUUUGGUGCAGAUUUCAAUUACUACGAGUUUGGAUGGGAUAACAAAGUUGGGGGUGUCAAUGUUCUCGUUGCCAAGGAAGUAUUUGAGAAGAAUGUGCUAUCAAUUGCACCGUAUAAGGAUACGGCGGAAAAAAUGAUGUGUUCGUUUUUCCAUGGAACGCCCGGUCCACAUAUGACUUACACUCCAGGCGGUCUUCUUUACAAACAAGGCAGUAGCAACCUUCAAAACACCGUUGCAUUGUCUUUCCUCCUCCUCAUCUACGCCGAUUACCUUUCCAAAUCCUCUCAACAACUGAAUUGCGGCAAUCUCAAGAUCCAACCAGAUUCUUUCCGUCACUUGGCCAAACGACAAGUGGAUUACAUUUUAGGAGAUAAUCCAAUGAAAAUAUCGUACAUGGUCGGGUACGGUAACCACUAUCCGAGACAGAUCCACCAUCGGGGUGCAUCCUCACCGUCUAUCGCAAGUCAUCCCACAGCCAUCAAAUGCUUAGAAGGAUGGAAUGUAUUUGCAUCACCCAAACCGGACCCUAACCUCUUAGUAGGAGCCCUUGUCGGUGGGCCCAAUGUAGAUGACAAAUUCGUUGGAGGUAGGACUAAUGCUAGUGAGACAGAGCCGACGACUUACAUCAAUGCUCCUUUUGUUGGUCUUUUAGCUUAUUUUAAAGCCAACAAAAUUUCAUAUAUAUGA